AUGGGAAACCAUCGGUUAUUAUCACUUUCUGCUUUGGUGGCAGUGGUGAUUCUUCUGGUGUGCUUCCUGGAAGGCACUUGGGCACUCAAAUGCCGCACCGAAGACGGUCCCAGUAGCGACGAGGUGCGGAAGGUUAUUCGGACCUGCAUGAAACGGAUCACAACCGAAACGAAGAAUAAGACCAGCGAGGACGACGACGACGACGACGGGUAUGGAAACUACGAUUCGUCCUACUCGGAUUCGGAGAGUGACGAUAAAGGAGAAGCAAGCACUGAAGGGAACGUGAGGCGACAAUCAGGUUCAGGGUCGGGUGGUGGUGGUCAGAUGGGGAAUACGCGGGGCCGAAACGGUGAAGAUAGAAACAAUGGCCAGGACACAGGUAGGAAUAGUGAUGAUCGCAGGGGAGACGGAAGGAAUCGUGAGGACAAUGGAGGAAGGCGUAGGGAUCGAGAUUGGGACUACAAUUUCGGUACCAUGGAACGAAGAAGUGGUGAUAGACGGAAUCCGUAUGGGCGAUUCAAAAGACAGUACUACAAUGAUGGAGCUCAAGGCGGCUACGGUUACCAACAGAACGAUCGCUAUAAUCGGGACCGCAACAACUUUAUGAGUCCGUCAAGUGGAAACAAUACCAGCAAUAGUAGUAGCAACAUGGAACGCGAUCGAGCUUGCCUGAUGCAGUGCUUCUUUCAAGAAAUGAAGAUGACAAACAACGAAGGCUUGCCGGACAAGCACAAGGUUCUUCACGUUGUGACAAAGGACUUGAGGGACUAUGAACUGCGCGAUUUCUAUACGGAUUCCAUUCAGGAAUGCUUUCACAUGAUCAGUAUGGACAAUAGGAUCCGAGACAAGUGCGACUACUCAAUGAGAUUCGUCACGUGUCUAGCCGAUCGUGGACAGGCCAAUUGCAAUGAUUGGGAAAAUGAGACGAUAAUAUUCUGA